CGAGAGGUCUUCACGACCACCUUCUCACGGUAUAAAAACCUCUCAAUCUUCCACACCUCUCCGUCUUUCUUCCUCCAUAACAACCCACGACCCUGAGCACUCGAUCUUAGCCUUUUCAUUGCAGCGAACUUUCGAUACUCGAUCUCACACACCAACCCCAGAUCGACAAAGCUUCUUCUAGAAACUAUCAUUGAAAAUACACCGGCACUAUCUGAGAUUUUCCCUUAUGAUAAUUAGAUACUGCGUGGCGCUAUCCUAGGCUCUCUGCAAUCAAACAUGGGGGAAGAACUCCGAAAAAAAUUCAAGGAUGAGCAAGAGAGUCGAUGGCUCCAAGAGCUGAGUGGAGAGUCCAAAGAUCGUCCUCUUCACGCUGCCAUGGAGGACAUGGCCAGUCGUCUUGUCAAAGCUCUUGCACAAAGUGGCCCGGGGACUCUACAAAGUUACCCAAAAUCUAUCCGACAGCUCUGCGAUCCCAACGUCAGGCUUUUGGCCAACAUGGAAGGCCCUGGUGAGAUCUACGAAGGCGUUGACGAGAUCCUCAAUUACUGUGCUGAGCACGGCGGUAAAGAGUUCAUCUCGGUCAUUAUCGUUGACCGUCUUCGAAUCACCUGCAUCAUGGACUUCCUAUCCAACCCCUUUGUGGUUGAAGGAGUAGUGGCUCGCUUCGCGCAACAAAGAAUCAUCAUCAUGGACAUGAACAGUGACUACAAGUUCACCCGAAUCGAAGUGAGAUGCAUAACCCCUGAGGUCCACGCGUAUGGGCAAGACGACGUUCAGAUAAAGGUGGAAGAUCCAGAGGAAUGAGUGCAGACCAAGCAACACGGCUUGAGGCUGUUGC